AUGGCUAAAGGGAAGAACAAAAAUAGAGACUAUUUGAAGAAAGAGUCAGCAGGUCCAAAAUACUCUAGUAGAAGAAAACGUCAAGAAGUCAAAUACUCUGGUCAAUCACAGGGAACCAAGUUUCCUAUCAAAUUAGCAAUGUGGGAUUUUGAUCAUUGUGACCCUAAGAAAUGCAGUGGUAAAAAAUUAGAAAGGCUAGGGCUUAUGAAAGAUCUUCGAAUAGGACAGAAAUUCCAAGGUAUUGUAGUGACUCCAAAUGCCACUCAAGUAGUGAGCCCCAGCGAUCGAUCAUUGGUUGAGGAAAUUGGAGUAGCAGUAGUUGAAUGUUCGUGGGCUCGACUUGAGGAAAUUCCAUUCGGCAAGAUAGGUGGGCGCAACGAAAGGCUUCUCCCUUACCUUAUUGCUGCUAAUCCUGUGAAUUACGGAAAACCAAUGAAACUGAAUUGCAUGGAAGCCAUAGCAGCUUGUCUAAUUAUUGUUGGACGCAUGGAUCUCGCUCUCGAGUUGCUACAGCGUUUUUCUUAUGGAGCGGCAUUUGUUGCAAUCAACCAAGAACUUUUUGAUAUAUAUCAGAAAGGAUCGGACUCGAGCUCGAUCCUCGAGAUUGAAAAAAACUAUCUUGAGACAAUGCGAAAAGAGAAGGAGCUGACAAAGGCGACAAAAUCCACCCUUGACUGGUGGAUGAUGGACAAUCCUAAUAGAAAGUGUCUGGACAAUGAGAGCGAGUACCACCUUGAUGAAUCUCAAUACGAUGAUACGGUUGACUAUGAGACCGAAGACGACCUUGAGAACUCUCAAGACGACGACUGGUUUGAUGAAGAUAGAGAAGAAGAAGAGGAAGAGCAAAGGGAAAAUCAAGAAAGAGAGGAAGAGCAAAGGGAAAAUCAAGAAAGAGAGGAAGAGCAAAGGGAAGAACUCAAGAAAACUUCAGUCAAGCCAUUCCGCGCGCUCAAACAGGAUGGAACAGCUAGUUUAGAACAGAAAUUUGAGAAAAUUGCUAUUAAAUGA